AUGCUCCUCUCCCUCCUCCUCCUGCCCUUCGUGACCGCCACCCUGGCCCCUCUCGACGGCCGCUCACUGUCAGACUGUGUGCCCGGCAGCAUGCGCUGCAACGGCACCGUCCUGUCUCACACGGUCUUUGCGAACGAUGUGCCCCCCAGCGUGGCAGAGCUGGGCGGGUACAACCGCCUCAUACUGUCAUUUUACGAGAGCUCGGGGUACCAGGACUCGCAGAACGUCGUCAACUGGGUCGCUAUGAGCGCGUCCGAUCGGCAGACGCUGCUGGACAGCUACCAUGCCGCCGGGGUCGCACUCAUGCUCGCCGUGUUCGGGGGCACUGACAAACCCACCACCAAUGGCCUCGACCCCACCUCGUUCGCCACAAAGGUCGCGGCAUUCGUCAAGCAGUACGGCUUUGACGGAAUCGAUAUCGACUAUGAAGACUUUGACGCGUUCGAGGGGGGCACUGGCGUGCCGUGGAUCAACACACCCAUCGCCCCGUGGUUCUCGACCUCGAUGUACAAGGACGGCGGGUACACGGCCGUGUACAAGGCCGUGGGCGACAGCCUGAACUGGUUCAACCUCCAGUUCUACAACCAGAACAACUACUACACGAGCUGUGAUCAACUGGUCAAAGACUCGACGGCCACAGGAUACCCCGGCACUUCGCUUGCACAGCUACAGAGCAUGUCGGGCGUGCCGUACGACAAGCUCGUGCUCGGCAAGCCGAUCGACAAGGCCGCCGCCGACGGCGGGUACAUGACCCCCUCUGCGCUCGGGACGUGCGUCGCGCAGGCCAAGCAGAUGGGGUGGAACGGCGGCGUCAUGUUCUGGGAGUGGAUCCCGAAAGAUGUGAGUGGUUCGCAGGAGACGGUUAAGUCGCUGACGGGCAGAAUCCGGCCGAUAUUCUCAAGACGGUGA